AUGGUUUCUCCGCGAAAACGAGCCGGUUUCCGGCGUCUCGCAAUCGGAGCGCUCCUGCUGGCGGCCGCAGUGGCGCUGCUCCUCUUGCCCUGCGCCGAUGCCGCGCGGAAGGAUACCUGGUCUCCGCGGACUUUCACCGCUGAUCCUUUCCCCGUGCCGCCGCCAGACUGGCAAAACCUGCCCUUCCUGCGCCGCCAAGAGAGCGCUCGCCGCAGGCUUAUGAGCGGUGGUCACGUGUCACGUCCUCAUUGGAUGCCGCCGAGCGAGUACACCAUUCCCUGGAUGCUGGGGGAUCGGAAACCGCUCAUUCCCACAGACCCCUUGGAGGGGGAAGCUGACGUGGCACAGGCGGCGGCCACGUCAUCCGGAGGCGACGGGUGGCUUGGGGCAAACGGUGCAGGUGCUGCUUCUACCGCUGCUGUUAGCGGGGGGGCGAGAACCACCCUGGCGCGACGCAUGGGCGUGUGCUCCCCGAUUACCGCCGCGAGUCCGCGAAUCGUGGUUACCACCGAGGCCGACUUCGUGAAGCGCCUCAAGUAUCCGCGAAAGACGACGGUUCUGAUGACGCUUAAAGCGGAUAUAUUGCUAAAGAAAGGCCUCGCGUUUGGCCCCUACUACUCGUGCACGAUCCUGCAAGCGGAUGUCACGGGCAACCGUACGAUCUCGUUAGCCGGAGCAGAUCAGCCCAUUCUCCGAAUUGUCGAGACUUUCAACGUGAUCGUAUGGGGAAUCAACUUCUGGAUGGGCGUUACUCCAACUUCCCCUGCUUGCAAGGGGAUACCGGAGCUCGGGACAGGGGUGAUUUGCCCUACAAUUCACGUGUACAAAUCGUUCGGCAUCCAAAUCGCACAGGGUUACCUGUGGGGGCGAUUGGACCUGUAUCGCACGAUGGAUUCGCUCGUCGACGGCAUGGCCAUCACGGGCGAGUUUCCGUUCGCCAAGAGCCCCGGGGCUGUCCGCGUCGCCUUCAGCGGGCUCGGCACCAGGGCGAUCAAGUCGGGCAUCGUGCUCUCGAAUAGCGACAUUUACGUCGUCAACACACCCGUCUACUUGACCAACGGCGCCAUCGGCGUGCAGGUCGUGAACAACUUUCUGCACCAGUUCACGGGGAGCGGCGUGCAGUGCGGGACGCACGUGAACAACGCGGGGAGCUGCAUGAUGACUUUCAUCGGGCGCAACUGGUUCUUCCCCAACACCACCAUCACCGCCAAGACAGACAUCUCUAAUAUCCGCUUCACUACGCACUGGAUCAGUCCUGGCAAUGCGGCGUCGUGCAACUACAUGCUGGGCGGCAACAGCUGCUUCAACCUUGAGGCCGACACCACGGGCGUUGUUGUCCUUGGAGGGGCGUGCAUGGGUGCUUAUAACGGGGUCAACAUCGAGAAUGGCAAAGAGAACCGGAUACAGUACGUGUGGGUGAAGGAUUACACUGCCGUCCCGGGGUCAGCAACAUGUCCCACAGUGACGAGCAUCAACUGCAACACGGCCACGGGCAAGCUGUGGGAGAGCAAGCGGAUCAAAUACUACAACUCGCCUGUCAUCAACAAGCGCUGGCCCUUCCUGAGCAACAUCUGCAAGGACGCAAGCAUCGGCACGGUGCCCUGCAAUGUCCCCACCGCCGGGUCCCUCAAUGCAAAGCAAACUGGCAAGUGCAGCGGCCUCCCGACCAGAAACAUUCUCGAUCUCGCCCUGCUGGACGGCAGCAAAUUCCUUCUGAGCUUUCAGGGCUGUGAGAAAACCCCUUCUGUGCCUAAGGUGAACAAGUUCUCGAGCAUCAGGAUGGGCCGGUUUGGCCCGGCUGCGCUGAUCGCAUGCGUGUCGCUGCUGAUCCUUCUCGCGGCACCAGUGGUGAAGCCGGAUGAGGAUUCCUCACAUGAACUACUAGCUAUCGGGGACGGCGACCCGGACGCCUGGAUGCAGCACUCGUCUCCUCCAUCGCUCAUAGAGGAUUUAUUUCCAACGUCGCCUGCGCUCUCCUCCCCCUACCGCCUCCUCAAGUCCACCCCGGCCCCCACGAAGUCCCCCGCCCGCACAAGCUCCCCCGGCCGCGCAAGCUCCCCCGCCCGCGGAAGCUCCGCGCCAGCCUCCGACAAGAAGGGCAGCGGCAAGAAACUGCAGCAGUCGGGAAAAUCGGUGCCAGAGGGCGCCACGUCAGCAGGAGCCGGAACAGCCCUCUCGUCGUCCGCUUCUGGGAAGGGGAAGCGGGGGAAACAGGGGAAGCGGGGGAAGCGGGGGAAAAAGGGGAAAAAGGGGGGUGCGGUGAAAGCAAGUGAGACGAACAGUUCGCUGCAGAGCGGAAAGAAAAAGGCGGGGAAGAAAGGAAAGAAGGCGGCUGUUUCAUCGGGCAAAACUGGCAAAACGGGGUCUGCUGGAGAGAGGAAGAAGGGUGGGCACAAGUGGCCUCGCGAUGAUGGCACAACGGGGACUUCAGGUGAGAGGAAGAAGGGUGGCCAUAAGUGGAAACGUCUGGAACCGAAACAGUCUGGUGUAAAGAAAUCGACGGCACAGACGGCGAAUGGGCCAGUAGCGAAGAAGGCUGCGACGACUUCGCCAGCGUCGGGUAACUCAGGAGGGUCUAAGCGUGGACGAGGCAAGUCUAAAAAGGGGAAGAAGAAGAGUCGCACUGCCGCUGCCGCACCAGCUGACUCCGCUUCAGCCGGCGCAAAGACCGGAGGGAGCAAGAGGAAGCCAACGUCUGGCAAGUCCGGCUCGCGUGGAGGGUCCGCACCUCCCGCCGCAACCCCCGCACGCUCGCCCAAGAAGGGCAAGACGACAAAACACAGCCAGGAGGUCGGUUCUGACAUUGAAGGAAAAGGGUCAUCGAAAUCCGCCAAGUCAACGAAGCCGCCUGCGUCUUCCCCUGGAAAAAGCGCGCCGAGCUCUGCGAAGGCGCCCAAAGGCUCGAACUCGGAUGCCUCCAAAACAAGCAAGGCGCCGAAGCCGCCCAGCAGCCCAACUAGCAGCCCAAAGCCCACCAAGGAUAAGAACUCGGAAUCGGCCAAGGCUGAUUCAGGCUCGGGCAAAUCAGGCUCGGAUGCAACACCUACUCCUCCCUCGUCUCCCGCCAAGCCUAACAAGGGGAAGGAGGUGGAGCCACCGCCGCCAGCAGCCACGAGUGAGAGUGAACCUGCCAGCCCACCUCCUGCUAGUCCUGUGCCGAAGAUGAUUUGCGAGAAACACAAAGGGCAGCAGCUGAUGGUGAUGGACGGCAAUCUCUUUUUCACGGGAAAUGUGGAGAAGUGCGAGGGUGCUUGCAUAAAGGAUUCCUCAUGCCUCAUGUACACCUUCUCGGGGCUCAGCUGUCAACUGUUCACAGCUAAUAUGACCGCCAGGCCUGUCAAGGCGUGCUUUUCGCGCAAGUGCCAGUGGGGUAAGUGCAGAGACACAGAGGGAGAUGGUAGCGAGGAGGACAGUAGCGGAGAUGGCAGUUCUGAAGGUGGUGGUUCAGAUGAGAGUGGGGGAGAUGGUGAUGGGGGUAAUUCCAGUGGAGGUGACUAUAGUGGGGAUGAGAGCACUGGUGACGCAGGCGAUGAUUAUGGCGAGGAUGGAGGAACCAUUGACUAUGGGGAAUGA